AUGAAAAUUAAGAAAGGAUGUGUUAUUGGCGAAAUAACACAAGAAGGAUGCCGUGUUAAUCAUCAUGGGAAUGUCAUGUGUCUUUGUCGAUCAGAAUUCUGCAAUCAGAAUUUUACGCAAAUUGCUAAUUUGGAAAGGUUUAAUCUCCCUGUACAAACGUGUCAGCCAGAGCAUAUUGAUAAUCGACCGAUUCCACGAUGGGUAAAGCCGUGCGCAGGAAAUUAUUGUAGUUGUUCAAUUAGAAAAGCGGAAAUAACCGUGAAUGUUACAUGGAUGAGAAAGGAUUGUAAUAAAGAAAACGAAUUUGACAUUUUUCCAUCAUCCACAGUUUUUAAUUUUUACCCUGGAAGUUGUGUUUGGCUGGAGUACGGAGGUGAACCUGGAGUGAAAUCAUGUUACGGCAACGAUAAACUUCAUACAACAUUGCAACUUCCUGCGGAACCACAGGUUCCAUAUAUUCAAUGCUAUGUAGACUACUUCUCGCCAAGGCUACCGCAUGUUAAGACGGGAUCAUCUUGUUUGGGUGAAUUUUGUUUCAUUAGCGCGACGCCUAAUGGGGACGUAUAUCGUGGAUGUGUCAAAUCAGUUUCAAUUGAAAACGCAACUAAACUGAAGAUUGGAUAUACAAAGUCGUUUACUGGCAUUGAGCAAUGGAUCUGCAAUUCACCUUAUUGUAAUACGGACUUGAAAAGCGCGGAAUCAUCUUGGCCUCCGGAAUUAUAUUUAUAUAGAAAUAUAUCCAACCUCCGCGAGUUCAAUGUCUUUUAUAUCGAUGCCGCAGAUUCGACAACUGCACUAGUAUCUAUUUAUAUGGGCAGUUCAAAUUCACGAAAUAAAACUGAGCCACGUGGCGAUGGUGUGAAACUCGCUUUCGAUCCUGACGAAAAAUGGUCCAAUCUGUAUCGCGAAAGAGAAAAAAAUCACAUUUACAAAUGGGUAGGAGUUCGAAAAGGUGGUGAGCUAAUAAACAUUUAUGAAAGAGAUGGGGAAGAUGGUGUUCUCAAGUUCGCAGAAGAAAAACUAUCAACGUUAUUAUACAACGAGGGUCGUGAACCAAAACUCGUGACAUAUUCCGACUAUGUCAAGUGGAAGAAGGGAGUAAAUGUACAACUAGGACUGAACGAAGAGGGAAUCGACAUGUUGGAGACCAAAUUUAAAGAGCAUUUUGCACUUUGGAAGCUUAACAAAAGAGGGGUUGAAGGCGAGAAUCUCAUACAUUUGUUAUUGAAUCGUGAGCAACAAGUUUGCUAUGAGAUUGCUAGAAUACUAAUAAAACGAUUUCCGGGGCUUGCAAACGACAUUUAUUUAGGAGACGAACAGUUUGGUCAAAGCGCUCUACACUUGGCUAUUGUUCACGAUGAUUAUGAAACUGUGAGCUUGCUUUUAAAUAAUAAAGCAGAUGUAAACGCCAGAGCAUGUGGAAACUUUUUUCUUCCUGAAGACUUUAAACUGACAAAUAAAAUAACCGAUUAUCAAGGAUACGCUUAUUACGGAGAGUAUCCGCUUGCUUUUGCAGCUUGUUUUGGCAACAAAGACAUUUACGAUUUACUAAUACAGUUUGGUGCUAACCCAAAUUUGCAAGACUCUUUUGGAAAUACUAUACUACAUAUGUGUGUAAUCAAUUACAGCAGUUCGAUGUAUUCAUAUGCUGUUCGCCAUUGGGCGAAACCAGCGGAUCCGCAUGUUGUCAACCACGCUGGGUUCACUCCCUUAACCCUUGCUACAAAAUUGGGUCGCAAACACAUUUUUGAAGAAAUGCUGGAAAUCAUGAAAGUGGAGUUUUGGAGAUUUUCUGACAUGACGUGCUCUGCAUAUCCUUUAAACACGCUUGACACUAUUCAACCAGAUGGAUCGACAAACUAUGACUCUGCAUUGAUGACAGUUAUAAAUGGUUCAACACCGGAACAUUUAGACAUGAUUGGAAGUGAAGUAAUUCAAAGAUUGCUUGCUGAUAAGUGGAAAGCAUUUGCACAAAGAAAACUCAUUGAACGUCUCGUUCUUCUUAUUUUUCAAUUAAUCACGCUCUCUAUCGUGGUUUAUAUUCGCCCAACGGAACUUGAGAGACUUUACAUGAAGUCCCCACAAUGGGACGAUUAUAUUCGAACGGCUUGUGAAGUGUUAACCAUAUUGAACUGUUUGUUUUUUGUUUGCUAUCAACAGGUAGGAGAAAUAAGAACACAAGGAGUUCGAGGUUAUUUAAGAAAUUUGAAAACCGCUCCGGCAAAAGCAGUGUUUUGUAUUGCUAAUUUGUUUUUACUUCUCUGUAUCCCAUUUCGUUUUCUAAAAUUUCAUGAGAUUGAAGAGGCAUUAUUUGUGUUUGCUUUGCCUGGAUCGUGGAUUUUUCUUCUAUUUUUUGCAAGGAGUGCAAAAUUAACUGGUCCAUUCGUCCAAAUGAUUUAUAGUAUGAUUGCUGGAGAUAUGAUACGUUUCGCAAUAAUAUCGGCAAUUUUUCUUGUAUCAUUUUCACAAGUUUUCUAUUUUGUGGGAAAAGACAUGGACGCCAAGCAGAAACUUGAAGAUACCAACCCUCACGCAUGCCGCAUAUCUGGCUACACUAUUUACACUUAUAAUACUUUUCCAGAAACUUUCAUUACACUUUUUCGCGCAUCUAUGGGUGGAUACGAUGUAUACGAAGAAUUCUCAUGCGCUAACUAUGAGCCUUUAACGAAGACUCUAUUUGUCCUAUACAUGUUUGUUAUGCCAAUUAUGAUGAUCAACAUUCUCAUUGCGAUGAUGGGUAACACAUAUACUACCGUUAUAGCUCAAGCUGAGAAAGCUUGGCGUCAACAGUAUGCUCAAAUUGUGAUGGUUUUGGAGCGAUCAGUUGGGAAAGAACGAUUAGCUGCCAGCCAAUUGGAGUAUAGUAUUCGUCUAGACCAGGAAGGCUCUUCGGGUAUGGAAGUUCGUGGUUUGAUGGUCAUAAAGCAAACUAAAAAAACGCGCGCUCGACAAAGAAAACAGGCUAUCUACAAUUGGAAAAAUAUAGGACGAAAGGUCAUUCACACAAUUGAUAAAGUUGGAACAGAGCAGGCUAUUCUUUUGCUUCAUGGUCAUGACCGUUUGGAUAGAGUUUAUGAAGAACACCAGGAAAAAAUUCCUAGUCGCUCGAGGACGCCCACGAGACUGCAAACAAGUACGCAUUCUAGCAAACGAGUCAAAGCAACUACAAGCGAGGUGAAAACGGAUGAGAACGUGAAUAACAUGUUGCUUUCUGCACCGCCGAGUCUAGCAAAUGAAGGAUCAACACUUGAAUGGCAGCCUACUGUCACGCCUGUUGAAGAACGAAGUGAAUAUACUGCUUCAAGAUCGGAAUCAAACACACCACCAAAAGAAAUUUCCUGCAAUACUGCAGAAGUGCAUCGCUCUGUUCGUGUAAGAGGCGUCGACGCAAUUCCAUCAGUGGAAGUACCAAACAUGCCGUCAACAAUGACUUCGACCCCUCCUCAUCGCGCAAUAUCACCGAGAAUUCGCUCUGAUUUACAUCGACGCAGAGAGAGCCCACAGCAUCUUCAGAUACCACAACAAAAUUCAUUAGACAAUAGCCCAACCUAA